AUGAACAGUACCUCCGCAUUGGGUGCCAGCUCUGAAAACUACGAGGACACAUCUUCACACUGCUCGCAGCCACAACAAGAACAAGCGAAGGGAUGUGAGGGUGACUGGCCUGAUGCUGGCUCUACAGCCGCCGGGCGAUGGGGCCAGAGCACCUUGCAGCCUUCUACCCCGUCCACCGAGCAACCUUCUAGCCCUAGAGUGAGGCCAAAAGUGAGCUCAACAGGGGUGGUUGCGCCGGACUCGGGCGUUGCGAAGGACGCCCGCCUCGCUUGCCGACAGUAUCUCGAGGAAGCCUACACGCCGACGUCUGCGUCCGAGGCGGGCGGCGAAAGCGGGCUGCCACAGAAGAAAGAGUUACGCCUGGAGGACUGCGCCCCCAACCUCGCCAACUACCACUCCAUGUUCUCGCCCACAUUCGCGUUGUCUCCGACCACCACUGUGAGCCUCGACACGGGGUGCACAGAGGGGCGUGACUUCAGCAUCUUUUCCUUCAGCAGUACACGCGACAACUUCGACACGCUGUCCACCUCGAUGUGUCGUCAUGCGGUGCCGCUGACGCUGAACCCCAAUGUGACCGCUGACACGACUGGGAGUCCGCUGGCCAUGCGCAGCAUUGGCCUGCCGGCGCCGGGGCCGCCGCCGCCAACCUCGCGCAUGUCAAAGUGUAAGCGGCGCCUGCAGAACCUAACGAGUCCGGCGUUUGACCUAAAGGCUGUCCAGGAGGCGCAGCGGAUCUUCCUCGAGGAAGAGUCGGUGCGCAACGCCGCCGAGUCCUACCCGAUGACCAACAUUACCUCUCUCCUGGCGGUUGGCUCGUGGAAGGACGCCUCUAAUCCGGACCUGCUCAAGCAGCACAAGAUCCGCUAUGUAUUGAAUGUCGCCAAGGAGUUGAUCCCGACGGAGGAGGAGAAGAUGAUCGCCCAAAACAAUGACAUUAUUUCGGAGUGGAUACCGAUGAGCGACUCGCACUCGCAGGAUGUUUCGGAGCACCUGCUCAAGGCGUUUCGCUUCAUUGAGCGCGCACGGAGUGAGCAUGUCCGUGUGCUGGUGCACUGCCGCCGUGGCAUCUCUCGCAGCGCCGCCAUCAUCGUGGCCUACCUCAUGGCAUCCGAGAACCGCAGCUACGACGACGCGCUGAGGUUUGUGACGGAGCGGCGGAGCUGUGUUUCGCUGAACUUGGCGUUUAGGGAGCGUCUCUCUGAGUUUGUGCCCAGCGGCGAGUUUUUCCACGGCCUCACACCACAGCAGCAGCAGCUACAACUCGGUGCUGCAUCUCCGCCCUCCGCAUCCUCUUCCAGCUGCCUGCCGCCCAAGCUUGCUGGCGUGGCAUCGCCCACGGACAGCGCCAACAGUGGCCACUCUCGUCAGCCGCAGCACCUGCAAAGGACCGAUAAUCCCGUGCUGGGGUCGUUUGAAUCACACAGCGUUUCGACUAGCACCAACAGCAGCCGCGCCAGCAGCGGCGUGUGCACUGUGCCGUCGCAGAGCUUUGGUCCUCCGGCCAAGCCACGCAAAGCUGGAAUGCGGCGUCGCCGGCUCUCACGGGUGAGCAAGCAAGAGAGCCUGUGGUGCCCAACAACCACCACUGCAAAGUCGACAUCGCUCGAGAAGGCGUCUACCUUUCACGCACGGCUGCGGUUGCACCAGCAGAGCCGUCGUAGCCGCACCGUACAGCGUAAACUUGUUGCUCUUAGCACCCCGACUCAACUGUCGGCUCGUGCGGCUUCCGCAACUGCCACGCCUGGCAUCCAGAGCUCCGAGGAAGAGGCGACAGCGAUGCCUGCGCCGAAGAGCGUCGGUAGCGGUGACGAUGGUAGCAACGAAGUAGAGGAACCUGAGCCAUCGAUUGUCGUUGAUGGCCGUCGUCCCCUUGUGCGGUUGAGCCUUAUUCAGUCAAGCAGCAGCUCGGGGUCUGUCGUGUCGCAGACGCACCUGCCGCGCAGCUAUUCUAAGAAAGAGAAGGUGCCUGCCACCACCACAGCGAUGACGACGACAACCAUCACGACUGCGUUGAAACACCUCGGCAAGUGCAGUCCCGAUGGGAUGGUCGCAGAGGCGAGCGAAGAGGCUGGCAACGACCUCGUGCAACACAGCCGCAGUGCCAACACAGGCGAAAGCCACUUACAUCAUCAUCACAGUCCUCGCGCGAGCGUUCCGCCCAGCAGCGCCUUCGACAGCGUCUCGGAGGGUAACAACAGCAAAGUUGACGACGGCGAGGUGCCGGCACCGGCGAUAGAGCUGCGGUCGUUGCAUAGGAUCCAACAUCCGAGUCCGUGCGUCUGCAAGGCACUUUCUUCCCACUCGAUCGACGUGCCAGCGUUCGCGGCGAUAUCGCAGCCGCACAGCGCGAUGCAGCGGCGGGCGCCGGCCUCAGAGAAUGGCAGCAACGGAAGCGAAGUCUGGCAGGACUUCGCGGCAAGCGAGUGCAACAGCAGCUACACUGCUAUCGGGAGUUGGAGUACGAUGAGUACGGCAGUCACUACGGGAGCGCUUUCGGUCACACGUUGCGGCACUCAGAGCUCAUUCAACGAGGAGGGGGUCGUACCAGCGUCACCCACGACGGCACCACCGACCUCUGCUGUGACUGGGGUCUCCUCACCCGCGUCAAGUCUUAGCGAGUGA